AUGGAAUAUUGCAAUUGCGGUCUCCUCUCUCUAAUUCGCUGUUUGCACAUUUAGUCCAGUAUGGAUAACACAAACAAAGAAAAAUCGGCUGUCUUGAUCAACGGUGAUGCAUUGUCCCACGAUGAGAUCAAAUCACCAUUCCUUAUUGGAGUGGCCGGCGGCACAGCCAGCGGGAAAUCAACUGUAUGCAAGAAAAUAAUGGAACAACUUGGCCAGGCCGAGAUGGAUCAUACGCAGCGGCAAGUGGUGUCCAUUAGUCAGGACAGUUUCUAUCGUGAGCUCACGCCAGCCGAAAAGAUAAAAGCGCAAAAGGGCAAAUUUAACUUUGAUCAUCCGGAUGCCUUUAACGAGGAACUCAUGUACGAGACGUUGCAACUCAUUCUGAAAGGUCACAAAGUCAAGAUCCCCAGCUACGAUUACCGCACCAAUUCGCUUGACUUUGAUAACAAGCUGGUCAUCUAUCCUGCGGACGUAGUACUCUUUGAAGGCAUCUUGGUAUUUUAUUUUCCCAAAAUACGUGAUCUAUUUCAUAUGAAGCUUUUCGUGGAUACUGAUUCCGAUACGCGGCUAGCACGACGAGUGCCACGUGACAUCAAUGAGCGUGGCAGAGAUCUGGACGCUGUGCUCACCCAGUACAUGACGUUUGUGAAGCCCGCCUUCGAGGAAUUUUGCUCGCCGACUAAGAAAUUUGCUGACGUGAUAAUUCCACGAGGAGCGGACAAUACAGUUGCCAUUGAUCUCAUUGUACACCAUAUCGGAGAAAUUCUCGCAGCCACGAACAUCGCACAGCACAACACAGCUCGAACUACGGCCUCCAGCAUGAAGCGCGAUCACUAAACAAAAAUUCCCCAACAUAUAUAUAUAUAUAUAUAUAUAUGCAUUUAUAUGUAUAUAUAUUCUGUUUUUAAUUCUUAAGAAAACAAAACAAAAUAUUUGUGUUCCUAACCAAAUGUGCUGAGCUUUCACUAAUUGCAAAUGAUAUGUCGAGCGCAGGUCGCCAGGCGGAUUUCAUGCCUCGCUUUCAUUCGCUAUGGCCCUAAUCCCACUUAACCAAUUAACAUUACAUUAAGCUAGUAAAGUUUAUAAGCUUAUAACUGUUUAUUAAAAUAACUUUAAGUUACUUUCAUCAAUCCUAACGCGGGCUCAAAUAAAUAUAUAUAUUACAAAUAUAAA